CUGCGCGGCCCGCCCGCCGCGCGGCCGCUUCUCCCCCUGUCCCGGUCCCCCGGCGCAGGCUGGUCCUGGGGGCGAGGGGGGCGCAGCGAGGCCGCGGAUUCCUCCCCUUCGCGGCCUGGGUCGGCGGGGCCCGGCCCAGCUCAGCCGCCUCCGCUCCGGCCUCACGGUGCGGGCUGCCCAGGACCUGUCUGAUCGGGCUGUGAGGGUGACGAGAGCUCGCCACUGCCUCUCCCCUCCCGCCGGUCCCAACGCAGAGCUGGGCGCCACAGCAUGGUGCGGAAAGGAGAUCGGUCACCUCGGCCUCAACCAGCUGUGCGCCUCCUUCCUUCCUUCCUGGCGGCGAGGGAGGGAGGGAGGGAAUAGGCUCUGCUGGGAAGAGAGAAAGAUGCUUUAGCUAAACGUCUCGGAGAAGGUGAAACUCGCUCUUCACUCUGCGUCCCCUCGUCUCCAGAACGAGAGACAAAAACCUUCCCUCUCCUUCGUUUGCCUGUUUGAGGCACUUGGCAACUAUAAGUGCAGCCGCAUUUAUAGGUGGGCAGCAGCCUUCCCUUAGUCCUGUGAGUUUUCCACACAGCGACGGGAGGGAGAGAGAAAUAUUUAGAUAAAGGGAAUUAUGAUCAUAAAACCACAACGGGAGGCUUAGGGGAAGAUAUAGUCUCUGGAACUAGUUUACUCUUUAACAUACUAGAUUUCAGGGUGUUCAGAAACUCUUCUCCUUCAACAACUUGUAAAGGUUCUUGAGAUUGACACAAAUGAAUUGAAUAAUAACGGAGGGUAUUUUAAACUUCUGCUAAUGCAAUAUGCAAAGUUUUUAUCAAAGUAAUUUCACAUUUUUAUCUAUGAGAGUCCGUAAUGAUUUGCUGCUGAUGACCACUUUCAGUCUCUUGAAUUGUUUUACUGUUAUCUAAAUGAUGAGAUGAGGAAAAUGAGUCUAAACAGUGAGAAAAGUGGUAAUGUUUCUUGUGUGACAGGACAUCAUCAUGCGAGGAAGGAUGAUCUUUUAACAGCACACAUGACUGAGGCCUGGUCUACACUAAAAAGUUAGGUCGAGGGAAGCCGCCUUAAGUUUACCUGUUAAUGUAUGUUUCUACACUACCGGGUCCUUUACGCCAACCUAAGUCGCCUUUAAUGUCGACUUCUGUAAUCCACCUCUGUGAGAGGCGUAGCACUUAAUUAGAUUUUCAUGGGUCAACUGUGAGGUAGUGCAGACACAGCGUUAUGGAAUUUGAAAAUUAAUUGGCCUUCAGAUGGUGUCCCACAAUGCUCAUCUGUGACCUCUCUGGAGAUCAUUCUCAACUCUGCUGCACUGCAGCCAGGUACACAGGAAACAGCCCCUUCCUUGCUAAAGCCCUGGGAAUUUUUGAUUUCCUAUUUCCUGUUUGAUCAGCAUUGGGAGCAUGCCAGUUUGAGCACAGCUGAUCAUGGAGUCUACAUGCCCCAAAUGUGCUCCAGCCUGGUCUGAACAGGAGGUGGUGGAUCUCAUCAUUGUGUGGGGAGAAGAGUCUGUGUAGGCAGAGCUCUGAUCCAGCGGAAGAAACGCUGGCAUCUAUGCAAAGAUCGCUCGCGGAAUGGGGGAGAAGGGCUACACAAGGGACACACAGCAGUGCCGUGUGAAAAUAAAACUUCACCCAGCAUACCAGAAGGUAAGGGAGGCAAACAGUCGUUCUUGUGCUGAACCCCACACAUGCUGGUUCUACAACGAGCUGCAUGCAAUUCUCAGGCGUGACCCUACCAGCACCCCCACAAGCAACGUGGACACCGCACAGGUGUGUGAGUCUAGGGACAAAAAGGAGGAUGAUAUGGUAGAUGAGGAGGAGAAUUGGAGACUGGCGAGCGGUGGAUCCACUCUUCCCCAAGAGCCAGGAUAUAUUUUUAACCUGGAGUCCUGUGGGUCGCAGGACAUCACAGUGGCCGACAGUGACGCCAUGGAAGGCACCUCUGGUGUGUCAUCAACACCUGAAAGCAGACUUUCACUGAGUAGAAGGAGGAGAAAGAGAACGCGGGAGGACCUGUUCACCGAGAUAAUGAAUGCCUCUGGGACAGCUGACACAGAGCUGAAAGCGUGGGGGAUUUCACUGUCUGAGAAGUUAGACAUGAACAUGGAGAGCAGGAAAGCUUCCAAUGACCAAGAGCAUGCAGCACAGGAUGAGAUGCUUCAGAUUAUGAGGGACCAAGCAAAUAUGUUGAGGUGUCUGAUUGAACUGCAGGAACAGAAGCAGGAGGGUAGAGUUUCUUUGCAGACUCUGAUGGUUAGCCAGCCAGUAUCGCCUGGCGCAGAAUCACCCUUCCCCAAGUGUUCCAUGAGGCAUGGGUGAAAAGUCCAUUACCCCGUUCACUUAACUCCAGGGGAGGGUACAAGGAACAGAAGGCGCCAGUUCACAGACCUUUGAUGGUGUUACGUUACACAGCUGAAAAUGUUUCUCCCAUUCCAACUUUAUAACCCCUUUUCCUCAAGGUUACCUUUUUUUCUGUUCUCCCUCUUUACUUAUGUUUGUUAAAUAAAGUAAAUGGAUUCGAGAAAUAAAUGUUCUUUUAUUGAGUAGAAGCUGUGGGCUUGGGCGGAGAGUUGGCUUUACAGGGGCAGUGAUACAUUCCAGGUGAAGGUUUGGGAAAGCACAAUGCAGACAAGCAGCUCACAUUACUGUGAUUCAUUAUUGAAACAGCUUUUCAAAGCCUGGCGGAUACACACCGCCCCUUGCUGUGCUCUUCUUAUUGCCCUGGUGUCUGGCUGCUCAAAAAUGGCUGUCAUACGAUCUGUCUCAACUGCCCACCCCUGCAGAAAAUUUCCCCCCUUUUUUUCCACAGAUAUUAUGGAGCAGGCAGCUAUAACCAUGGGAAUGUUCUCUUCAAUAAGGUCCAGCCUUGUUAAUAACUUUCUCCAGUGCUCUUUCAAACGACCAAAGGCACAUUCAACCACCACUCUGCACUUGUCGAGCCUAUAGUUGAAUCAUUCCUUACUGCUGUCCAGAUGGCCUGUGUAUGGCUUCAUGAGCCAUGGGAGCAAGGGAUAGACUGGGUCCCCUAGUAUAACAGUAGCCAUCUCAAUGUUGUCAAUGUUCAUUUUGUGGUCUGGAAAGAAAGCCCUGGAUUGCAGCUUUUUGAACGGACCUGAGUUCCUAAAGAUAUGCACGUCAUGAACUUUUCCCAACCAUCCUACAUUGAUGUUGGUGAAACAUCCCCUGUGAUCCAACAGCUCUUGUAACACCAUUUAAAAUUAUCCCUUUUGGUUUAUGUACUCUUUGGCAAGGUGAUCUGGUGCCAAGCUGGGGAUAUGCAUGCCAUCUAUUGCCCCACCGCAGCUGUGACUUUCAGCAGCAACCGUGAAUUUUUUUUUUUUUUCAAUGGCUUGCAGCAGGGCUGCUUGCAGGACAUUGCUACGUUCUGCGUGGCGGACCCUACUUUAGCUCUGGAAAUACUGCAGGAGAAGGUACAAGUGUUUGAGAUGUUCACAGCAAGAGCGUACAACUGAGCAGGCUCCAUGCCUCUGGGGUUAUGGCGUAUGCGUGGCAGUUUUAAGGCCCAAAAACCACUGCGAGAGGGAGCACAGUGCAUCAGGGGGUGCCAAUGCAAUGUUCCUAUUCUCCCUUGUGACAAUGUUUUGGUCCUAUGAGGCAUUGCACAAACUUCCCAAAACACACUGCGGCAAGGUGCACUUUGGGAUAGCUAUCCACGAUGCACUGCUUUGUGCAUCGAUGCAGACACUGCUAGUGAGGACACACUCCAUCGAGACAAUGAGCAUGGUGUGGCCACGCACAAUCAACUUAAUUCAGAGGCUCGAGGUCAAAUUAGAUAAAGUCAUCUUAAUUUUGUAGUGUAGACAAGCCUUGAGAGUUAAAUGCUUAGGACUUUAUUCCUUAUUCUGCCACAGGCGAUAUGGCCAUAGGCAAGUCAUUUAACAGCUGUGAUUGAGUUUUCCCAUCUCUAAAGUGAGGUUACUUUCCAGCUAGUUUUUGGAUGCCUUGUAAUCCUCUGAAGAAAGGUGCAAUAUACACGAAAAGUGUUAAGAGUAUAAUUAUGACCUGUGAGAAGUUUAGGUCUUGACCUGUGCUGAGCCCCACAUAAGUGGAUUCCCAUUCAAGUUAGUACACGCUGCAGUAUCAGGGCCUUGGUAUGCUACUUGUUUGAUUUUUUUCCUUUUUUCUUUUCUUUAGAACCUAAGAAUGGCCAUAUUGGGUUAGACCAGUGAUCCACCUAGCCCAAUAUACUGUCUUCCGACAAUGGCCAAUGCCAGGUGCUUCAGAGGGAAUGAACAGAGCAGGCAAUCGUCAAGUGAUCCAUGUUUGUUUUUUAAACAAAAUGGCUACAAUCAUGGAUCUGCUAUGAAGUAGUCCAUCCAUUUGCUGCAAUGUACAUCAGCGCAUGCUUAAAGAGCCAACUGUGCCAGUAUUAAUGCUGCUAAUAGUAGGCCAGCCUAGGUAUUCAUAUCCUUCCCCCUCCACCAUGCGUAGGUGCCCUUUCAAAAUUUCCUGCCCUUCCAGGUCUUGUGAAGGAGGCAGGGUAGCCAGACAACACUGGUGUAACUCAUUGACCAGCCAGUUACACUGCUCCCAAGUGCUUAACUCAUGACAGGCUUUUGGAAGGUGGGCUAUAAUGACUGAAGAAUGAACCACAAUUCUUCAUAUGGGCGGAUCUCUCAUCUGGGUCCCUGAUUGUGUACAUAUGUACAUGUUUGCAGCAGGCAGGUCUUUUGUCAGAGUACAUCUACAGUGAAGGGCUUUUUUUGCCACAGGAGUAGUCAGAGAAUGCAAAUAUAAGCACAAAGCUGUUUCGAAGACAUUAAAUUAUUUUCCCUGACUAUCUGUGUACAUUUACACUUUUCUCAAGUAAUUAACAUUGUGUUUAACU